GCCUCGUGCCCUCUCCGCACAGCUGUCCUCGUCGGUACUGGAUAUUGAGGGGACCGUGAGGGCGACCGACGCUGCAAUCGAUACUGCCCAACACAUUUGUUUCACGACGAUUAUUGACAAAAGACAGAGGUCGAUGCCACGAAUCGUCGGGAUUCUAUUCAGUCGUCUCUGGAAACUAUGUUCAAGUGCCAAGAAAACUUUUUCAAUAGUUCUGUGCGCAUAAACUGGAGGGCCGAAGUCCUUGGGAACUGCUUGUGCCAUGUCUUGAGCAACAAUUGCCAUCUGGUGUUUCCUUUAUAAAAAUUGAAUACAACAGACUCUGCAUUUAUUGUACUAAAUAUGUUGGAACUCAGCUAACUACGUACGCAAAUAGUUUCUAGUCCUCCCCAUUUCUACUCCCCAAUCUGCCACAGAAAAUAUCCUUCAAGGAGAAGAAAAAUUUCGUCUUAUCUGCUUCGCUCCUAGAAUGGCAGAAUGAAUAAUAAACGCCCUGGGAUCUGCUCCCUUGCGCUUUCAAGAAAUGAAUAACUCCGAGAAGUAGCGGACCUUGAAAUCUAAGCUAUUUAUUCUGUGGUUAUCUUCUUUUCCAAGGAAAAGGGGACGUCCUUCAGAGGAAAAGACAAAAGGAUAAUGUUCGCGCAGAGUUUCAGCUGUGUCUUUCAUAUUUCACUCAUCUGCGUGGACUCGAAGAAUGCGAGGGAGAAUUGUUAUCCACAAUUGCCGAUUCAAAUGUCACUUAAAUUGGCUGUUCUCCAAAUGUAUUGAUUUUAAACUUGGAAACUUUUUCUCGUGUAUAUUUGACACUAUCUUCUACUCAUUAGUGUGUCCCUAAAUGAUCGCUAUAAAGUUUUAUUCAUAAAAAUCAAUUAUUACAUUUUUUAUCUUCGUGUUUUUUAAAUAUUCUCGUUUUCGAAGAUAUGUACCAACUUGAUUGUCAGUGAAAAAUCAUUCCACAUUACCAAAUGAUGACUCAAACUUCAUUCUGGAUUUAAGAGUAGAUUCGAAACUAACUCGAUGUUAAACUCAUCAACUAUUUAACUUAAUAAUUGUUACUCCGGAUUAAUAUAUUAAAUCUGUGUAUGCUUAGGAUUUUUGCUUGCUUAGUAAUGACCGAUUAAUUUUAUUUUGGAAUUCGUGUUGUCAUGUAUCUUAUAAGAUUCAGCUGGAUAUCCUUCUUCUUGUACGACAGUUUUAUUACGUGAUUAUUCGCUUGUGUUCAGUGUUGUGAAAACGUGCGGACUGACAUGCGGGCAUGUGUGGGCUUGGCGAUCCCUCCGUUAUGUGGGGCAACCACCUGUCUUCGUGGGUUCGAAGGGGUGAUGAGGAGCAUGGUGUGACGCUAUGUGCUCUCUGUGUCCUCUCAGGAAGAAACAGACCAAGAUGGUGCGCUUUGACUCCUACGUGGAUACGAUCUCGUACCUGGAAUAUGCCAGCACGUGCAAGAGUAACGAUAGCUGGCAAGCGGGCGAAAAUGAACAGGGACUACCGAACAUCAUGAAUCUCCGAGUUUCUGACCAUCAUACAAAUGGUGAUGACGAAUGGGAAUAUGAAGAAAUCACGUUAGAAAGGGGUGGUGCUGGAUUAGGUUUCAGCAUAGCAGGUGGCACAGACAAUCCCCAUGUAGGAGACAACCCUAGUAUUUAUAUAACAAAGCUCAUUCCAGGUGGCGCAGCUGCUGCAGAUGGACGUUUACAGGUUAAUGAUAUUAUUUUAAAAGUCAAUGAUGUUGAUCUCAUUGAUAUACCUCAUUCUGUUGCUGUUGAUGCAUUAAAAAGAGCUGGUAACAUGGUCCAUUUGUUAGUAAAAAGACGUAGAGUUUCUCCACAAAUUGUAGAAAUCGAACUCAUCAAAGGUAACAAAGGUUUGGGAUUCAGCAUUGCUGGUGGCAUUGGAAACCAACAUGUGCCAGGUGAUAAUGGCAUCUAUGUUACCAAAAUAAUGGAAGGGGGUGCUGCUCAUCUGGAUGGUAGGUUGGAGGUUGGAGAUGAGUUAGUAGCUGUAGGUGAUACUAAUUUAGAAAAUGUAACACAUGAAGAGGCUGUAGCUACUUUGAAAGCAACCACAGACCGAGUAAUCUUAACCGUUGUUAAAAAUGCAGCUAACAGAAUGUAUAGGAAUCACUCUAGGAACGCCUCACCCUUGCCUGUGGCUAACAUUAUUCAAACACAGGAAGCUAUUCGAGCGAAGAGUGUAACCCCACCUCCUUUAAAUAUACCAGCAGAAUAUCCUCUGGAAUCUCCACCUGAUGACCAACCUCUUCCAAGAGCAGCUACAGUAGAAGAUUUUACAAGAGAGCCCCGCAAGGUGACGCUUUCAAAAGGAGCGACCGGCCUGGGCUUCAACAUUGUGGGAGGCGAGGACGGAGAAGGCAUCUUCAUUUCCUUUAUCUUGGCCGGAGGACCCGCCGACCUUAGUGGAGACGUGCGCAGAGGGGACCAAAUCCUCUCGGUAAAUAACAUCGAUCUGAGGCACGCCACUCAUGAACAGGCGGCUGCGGCCCUCAAAGGAGCCGGUCACACCGUCAAUAUGAUCGUCCAGUACAGGCCCGAAGAGUACAAUAGGUUUGAAGCCAAAAUCCAUGAUCUCAGGGAGCAGAUGCUGAAUAACACAUCGGGCAGCUUACGAACCUCACAGAAACGAUCUUUAUAUGUCAGAGCCUUGUUUGAUUAUGACCCCUCCAAAGACAGUGGUCUUCCAAGCCGUGGUUUGCCUUUUGGAUUUGGGGAUGUUCUACAUGUGACUAAUGCCAGUGACGACGAAUGGUGGCAAGCUAGAAAAGUUCUACCUUCUGGAGAAGAGGAAGGCAUGGGUAUUAUUCCUAGUAAAAGAAGGGUCGAGAGGAGAGAAAAAGCAAGAUUAAAAUCAGUAAAAUUUCAAGGAAGAAAUAGUUUCUCUGAUGGAAAGAGUACACUUGAAAGAAAGAAGAAAAAUUUCUCAUUUUCUCGAAAAUUCCCUUUUAUGAAAAGCAAAGAAAACAGUGGAGAUGACAGCGAUAAUGAUCAAGAUGGAUCUCCUACCAAAGAAGCUCCAAACAUAUCUGCCAGUGACAGUGAAGGUGGAAGCAUACGUGGUCCUGAUGAGCCCAUUCUUUCCUAUGAAGCUGUGAAUCAGGAAAAAAUUACAUAUGCAAGGCCAGUCAUUAUUUUGGGUCCUCUUAAAGACAGAAUCAAUGAUGAUCUCAUUUCUGAAUACCCUGACAAAUUCGGUAGCUGUGUUCCUCACACAACACGUCCCAAAAGAGAUUAUGAAGUAGAUGGUCGAGAUUACCAUUUUGUGGCAUCUCGAGAGCAGAUGGAACGAGACAUCCAGAAUCAUAUGUUCAUAGAAGCUGGCCAAUACAAUGAUAAUCUAUAUGGGACUAGUGUUGCCUCAGUCAGAGAAGUAGCAGAAAAAGGCAAGCACUGCAUCCUUGAUGUCAGUGGGAAUGCCAUCAAGAGGCUUCAGGUAGCAGGUCUCCAUCCAAUAGCCAUUCUUUUAAAGCCCAAAUCUGCAGAAUCUGUCAUAGAAAUGAAUAAGCGCAUCACUGAAAUGUCUGCUUUAAAAGCUUAUGAGCGAGCUCUAAAAUUAGAACAAGAAUUUGGAGAAUAUUUUACAGCUAUUAUCCAAGGUGAUACUCCUGAAGAGAUCUACAGCAAGGUGAAAGAGGUCAUCCACGAUCAGGCAGGUCCCACAAUCUGGGUACCAGCCAAGGAGAAACUGUGAUCCACAUAUCUUGAGUCUUUCAUCACAAAUCUCUCUCAUCGAAGUAAAUAUUGAUUUCAUCUAGAAGGCAGCUUCUUAGUACGGCUAUUUUGAAUGGACCGGAGCCUUCUCAGGUUUCCAUCGCAGAGAUGUAUAAAAUAUGAAAAAAUAUAUAUAAAUAAAUAUAUAUAUAUAUGUAGCAUUCCUAUUACAUCGGCAAGCUGCAAUUGCUUUACCUUCAAAUGUACAUAUUUAUAGUACUUAAAGCAAAGCGAAAUUGGUUUUAUUUUUUAGAAAACUAUUUUUUUGGAUUGUGACAACUCUCAAGAAUAUAAGAGGAUUUAGCUUCCAAGAUAAAUCUUUUAUGAUUCAGUUGAUGCAAAAGAGGGGCAUAAAAUGAGUGAGGGAGACAGCAUUUAAACUGAUAGCUUUUAUUGGAUAAGCAAGAUAUUUUUUAAUGAUUUUGUUCUUUUAUGUGUCUUGAUUAUGAUGCUUGACGAUUUAAUCCAGUUCUUAGUCCAGCGAGCAGCUUAUGUAUCUGGACGUGCAUUCCAGUAUUUGCAUCUUUCUGUAACCAUCAUUUCAUUCCAAGGUUUUAAAAUUCAUUUUAUUUUAUUUAAAAAUGAGUUUCCUGUAAGGAAAACAAAAUAAAGCAAAGCAUCCAUUCUUUCAGCCUCGCUGUUGUAUGAAUUUAGUGUACUUAAUGUGUUUGUUUGUUUUUUGCAUAUUGUUUCAAUGGCAUAUCAUGGUUUGCCCAGAGUUGUUCCUUCUGUCAGGACAUUGUACAAUUCAUCAAUGGCUGGUGUUUCUCUUUGUUAUUGAGAGUGUUCUCUAUGCAAAUGUACAUUUCUUCAUCCCAGGUGUGUAUGUGUGUGUAACAGAUAUGACCAACUCAGUGAUAUGUGUAAUAAAUUUAACACUUGCAAAGUA